UAAGCAGAGGAAAAAGGUAAUAGUUGGAGAGGAGAAGAAGACUCGGAAGAAUAAGAAGACAAAAUAAAAUUUAAAAAAUUUGAAAAAAAAAAAAACACAAAAACAAAAGGGGCUAACGAAAAAUCGUCGCCGAGGACUUGAGGAGGGAAAAAAGAAAAGGCGAAUCGUUGGGGGGGAGGGGGUCUUCUUUGGUUUCUUCGUGAGUCCAUUGUCUCCAAAGUCCAAAAAAUGGGAAUGGAGGAUGGACAACUUCUCGCCAUGCAGAUUUCGCCGGCGAAUCAAAACGGCAGCGUCAGUCCUCCUCCGGCUCCGGGGAAGGAACAGCAAGCCGCCGGUGUCGGAAUCCUUCUUCAGAUCAUGAUGCUUGUUCUCUCUUUCGUUCUAGGUCAUGUCCUUCGCCGUCACAAAUUCUACUAUCUUCCUGAAGCCAGUGCUUCUCUUUUGAUAGGUUUAAUUGUUGGUGUACUUGCUAACAUCUCAGAUACUGAAACUAGUAUCAGGGCGUGGUUCAAUUUUCACGAGGAAUUUUUCUUCCUCUUCCUCUUACCUCCCAUCAUAUUUCAGUCGGGGUUCAGUCUUUCACCUAAACCCUUCUUCUCAAACUUUGGAGCCAUUGUCACCUUUGCUAUCCUAGGCACCUUUAUAGCUUCAAUUGUCACUGGUAUUUUGGUCUACCUUGGUGGUCUGGUCUUCCUCAUGUACAGGCUUCCAUUUGUGGAGUGUCUGAUGUUCGGUUCUCUUAUUUCGGCCACUGAUCCUGUCACUGUUUUGUCCAUAUUUCAGGAACUUGGUACAGAUAUGAACCUUUAUGCCUUGGUGUUCGGAGAGUCUGUGUUGAAUGAUGCGAUGGCAAUUUCCUUGUACAGGACAAUGUCCAUGGUAAGAAGUCAUGCAUCAGGACAAAAUUUCUUCAUGGUGAUUGUCAGGUUUCUGGAGACCUUUGCGGGUUCAAUGUCAGCAGGUGUUGGAGUUGGAUUUAUCUCUGCUUUACUUUUUAAGUAUGCAGGAUUAGAUAUUGACAAUCUUCAGAACUUGGAGUGUUGUCUUUUUGUUCUUUUUCCAUAUUUCUCGUACAUGCUUGCUGAAGGCCUUGGCCUCUCGGGUAUAGUGUCAAUAUUAUUCACAGGAAUUGUCAUGAAGCACUACACAUUUUCAAAUUUGUCAGAAAGUUCUCAGCAGUUUGCAUCUGCCUUUUUCCACUUGUUAUCAUCACUAGCUGAGACAUUUGUAUUUAUAUACAUGGGCUUUGAUAUUGCCAUGGAACAACAUAGCUGGUCACAUGUUGGAUUCAUUUUUUUCUCAAUUAUAUUUAUUAUAGUUGCAAGGGCAGCAAAUGUCUUUUCAUGUGGGUAUUUGGUUAAUUUGGUUCGACCUGCAAAUAGACAAAUACCGUUAAAACAUCUGAAAGCACUUUGGUACAGUGGACUUCGAGGGGCUAUGGCUUUUGCGCUUGCUCUUCAAUCAGUUCAUGAUCUUCCGGAUGGGCAUGGCCAGACUAUAUUCACUGCUACUACUGCAAUAGUCGUUCUGACGGUAUUACUGAUUGGAGGUUCAACAGGUACAAUGCUUGAAGCUUUAGAAGUUGUAGGUGAUGGCCAUGUUGGUCCAGUAGGUGAAAGUUUUGAAGUGAACAAUCGUUAUAUUGCUCCUUCUUAUGAUGAUGAUGAGGAAUCAUCGUCAGGGAGCAGGAUAAAGAUGAAACUUAAAGAGUUCCACAAAAGCGCUGCAUCUUUUACAGCAUUAGAUCGGAACUACCUUACUCCAUUCUUUACAAGUCAAAAUGGAGAUGAAGAUGAUGAGAAUGAGGUGCAGAUACCAAUUACUAGAAGGGGGAGUUUCCAUGGUCGUGGAUAGCAUCUACUGUGACUCCACUCUUCAACACUCUUGUCAGUUGCAAGUGUUCUUUCAGGUUGAUAUUUAGUUGAGAAACGCAAAUGAUGGGAGAGAGUGGACUUGUAUAUACAUAUAACCUACGGACUUGAUGAUGCCGCAGGAAUAGCUGGUAGGUGGUGGCACAACAACAUACAUGAUAUUGUUUUUCAGCUUAUAUAGGAAUAUUAAUAUGACCAACAGAGGAGGAUGAUUGGAUUGGAGAAUAUUUUGGUCUGCAGCACCGUCCGGCAUAUAUUCUCAAGUUUUCCAAUCAUAUCGAUUAUAAACACGCCUGAUCCGUUCAAAUAGAAUUUGUAAAUAAUGGGUUGUACCUACUUUACCAAAAUUUGCAAAAUUUAUUACUUUUUCAGGUUUUCUUUC